AUGAUCGUUCGGUUCACUUCACAAGGUUUUUCCUCUUUCGUGUCGUUUUACGCUUGCGCAAGACAGCAGCUCACGCAUAGCUAUCGAAACCACCCCGGAACAUGCUCUCGUUCAAUUUCCAUUUCUUCCGUGAAACACGCGUCCUCUAACCAUAUUUCCUUACAGCGAGGCUUUCAUACAUCCGCACCACUUUCGGCUGGCGCGAAAAAUCCAUACGAAGUUCUCGGUGUAAGCAAGGACGCAUCAUCCACUGAUAUCAAGAAGGCCUAUUUCUCUCUUGCGCGCAAGUACCACCCGGACACCAACCCAGACAAGGGAGCUCAGCAGAGGUUUUUGGAGAUACAGGAGGCUUAUGAUACCUUGAAAGAUGACAAGAAGCGAGCAGCUUACGACCAAUAUGGUUCUGCUUCACAACAGCCGGGUUUCGACCCAAACGCAUUUGCUCGGAAUCCUUUUGCAAAUGCAGGCGCAGGUGGUUUCUCGGGAUUCCAUGAUUUCAAAGAGGCUUUUGGGUCUAGUCAGGGCGAUCUGUUCUCCCAGCUUUUUGGCGGGGCAUUCGGCGGCCGCACUCGCUCUGGGGGAUUUCACCAGAGUUCUAGAGGUGCUGAUGUCGAGGCUCGCGUCAAUAUUGGCUUUAUGGAUGCCUGCAAAGGAACUUCGCUCGAUGUGAAUGUGAACCCAGUCAUCGCGUGCCCUACGUGCUCCGGCACUGGUCUCAAGCGAGGCGCGAAACGGGCAACUUGUUCUUCCUGCCAUGGUACUGGAACGCAGACUUUUGUUAUCGACAGCGGCUUCCAGAUGGCAAGCACUUGUAAUGCAUGUUUUGGAACGGGAUCCACUGUCCCUCGAGGGAGUCAGUGUUCCACUUGCAACGGGCAAGGUCAUAUUAGAACCAAGAAGACUGUUAAGGUUGAUAUACCGCCAGGGGUGGAAGAUGGUAUGACCAUACGUGUACCUGCAGCCGGUGAUGCCCCUUUGGCUGGGAAAGGUAACCACGGAGACCUUCUCGUUCGCGUCAGCGUUUCCCCUUCCAAGGUUUUCCGGCGGCAAGGCGCUAAUCUGCAUCACGAAGCUCGAAUACCUAUGCACGUCGCUAUUCUAGGUGGUCGCAUCAGGGUCCCUACCCUCGACGGACACGUCGAUGUUCGUGUACCAAGCGGGACGCAACAUGGCGAAGAAAUGGUUCUCCGUAAUCAUGGUGUACCAUCCGUCUUUGACAGUGGCAAGGGAGACCUGUUUGUAUCGUUCAUUGUUCAGCUUCCAAGAUCUCUAUCGAAGCGGCAACGGGAGAUACUACAGCAGUAUGCAGACGAUGUUGAGGGCCGGAGCAAUACUUCAUCAUCGACCACUGCGGACAAGGGGAAUCCUGACGGCCGAAGCUCAUAUAAUACUAAUGCAUCUACUGAUAACGGUACGGCUUCUUUUCCUCAUUCACCACUGUCCUCCGAGGACGGGUGGUUGUCUCGCGUGCGGAAGAGAAUACGAGAGCUCACUGGGCAUUGA